AUUAUUUAGAUAACAGUGAAUAUGUUUUGGAAUAUGUUUUCGAGGUUCCUCCGUGGUUCGUCCACCUCUCAAAUUACGUGUUUAGUGCGGGGUGGUGGCUGCAAUUCGAACACAUCCCAAUCCCAGCCACACCGCAAUGUGAGUCUUUUCACAGGAAGACAACCCCACUGGAAACUCCGCGUGAUGCAGUUCCUCAGUGGCCUGCGACACCGGUACUGCCUGUGGCGCCUCCGCCGCCUGCUGGGCGUGGCCUUCGACGAGGGCGGAUUCCAUGAGGGCACUCGCCAGGCGGCGGUCACCAUGAUCGAUGCAGUGCGCCAGGCGGACUGGCCCUGCAUCCGGAGUUGCUGCACGGAGCGGGGAUCGGCCGACAUCUACGGCUUGUCCCAGAUGAGGAGUCCCUACUGCAGUUUGGUUCGCUUUCAGAAGGAACACCUGCGGCAUGCUCUUCCCGUGAGGGUGGUGCGUCGCUGGAUCGAUGGUCGCUACUAUGUCAUGGUGGACAUGCUCUUUGUCGGCCUGCGCAACCUCCUCGAUCUCGGAACGGAGCAGGAAAAGGAGGAAAUGCUCCAGCGGAUUCAGAGCGUUCUGGUGAACUCCCAGAUCGAUGAUAAGUUCGAACCGAGCAACUGCCGCCUGGCCAUUGCCGAAAUAGUGCUCACCUUCUCUAUGGAACUGGGCGAUCCCCAGGAUCCUCGGGAUAUAGAAAGUGAAGAUCAGGACAGUGGCUGGCUGGUGGACUCCUACAAGGUGCAGCGCUUCAAGCUGAUCAGCUUCAGUCCGAAAACACUGAACCUUCGCGUUAUUGACUUUCUGAAACCGGUUCGACAGAAGUAGCCCACAAAUUCUCCGUUCCGAAGGUGUUGUCAUUGGGGCACUCGAGUAAUUUCAGUCACGUGCCGUUCUCCGGUUCAUCGAUCCCUCGCAUUGGCAUUACGUUAAACCCACUUUGUCAGCGAUCUCUAUCCACCGAUCGUGGCGCGACUCCGCUUCGAUGUGAACUGAUCCGCUGGGAGGGUUACCUGGUAUAUUUAUGGCUUGGACAGGUGUGUCGAGAGGCUUACCAACACUGUGAUUUUCAAAUUGCUGUGAGUUUUUCAAUAAAUGUUUGUCAGUUUGUCUUACCGUAAAUGG